GCGCCAGGAGCGGGUCAUGUUCGACAAGAUCACGUCGCGCAUCCAGAAGCUCUGCUACGGCCUCAACGCCGACUUCGUGGAUCCCGCCCAGAUCACCAUGAAGGUGAUCCAGGGGCUGUACAGCGGGGUCACCACGGUGGAGCUGGACACUCUGGCCGCAGAGACCGCGGCCACGCUGACCACCAAGCACCCCGACUACGCCAUCCUGGCCGCCCGCAUCGCCGUCUCCAACCUGCACAAGGAGACCAAGAAAGUCUUCAGUGAUGUGAUGGAAGAUCUCUACACCUACAUCAACCCUCACAACGGGAAGCACUCCCCAAUGAUCUCCAAGGAGACUCUAGACAUAGUUCUGGCCAACAAAGAUCGCCUGAACUCUGCCAUCAUCUACGACAGAGACUUCUCCUACAACUACUUUGGCUUCAAGACUCUGGAACGCUCCUACUUGCUGAAAAUCAACUCCAAAGUUGCUGAACGCCCCCAGCACAUGCUGAUGAGGGUGUCUGUGGGCAUCCACAAGGCCGACAUCGACGCUGCCAUCGAGACCUACAACCUGCUCUCGGAGCGCUGGUUCACCCACGCCUCGCCCACGCUCUUCAACGCGGGCACCAACCGCCCCCAGCUCUCCAGCUGCUUCCUGCUGUGCAUGAAGGACGACAGCAUCGAAGGCAUCUACGACACCCUGAAGCAGUGUGCCCUCAUCUCCAAGUCUGCUGGGGGCAUUGGCCUGGCCGUGAGCUGCAUCCGUGCCACGGGCAGCUACAUUGCUGGGACAAACGGGAAUUCCAACGGGCUCGUUCCCAUGCUGAGGGUGUACAACAACACCGCCCGCUACGUGGAUCAAGGUGGAAACAAGAGACCCGGGGCUUUUGCCAUCUACCUGGAGCCGUGGCACUUGGACAUCUUUGAGUUCCUGGACUUGAAGAAGAACACUGGGAAAGAAGAGCAGCGAGCCAGGGACCUGUUCUUUGCGCUCUGGAUCCCUGAUCUCUUCAUGAAGCGAGUGGAAACCAAUCAGGACUGGUCCUUAAUGUGCCCGAAUGAGUGUCCUGGCCUGGAUGAUGUCUGGGGAGAGGAAUUUGAGAAGCUCUAUGAGAGCUACGAGCGGCAGGGCCGCGUGCGCAGGGUGGUGAAGGCCCAGCAGCUCUGGUACGCCAUCAUCGAGUCCCAGACCGAGACUGGCACCCCCUACAUGCUCUACAAGGACUCCUGCAACAGGAAGAGCAACCAGCAGAACCUGGGCACCAUCAAGUGCAGCAACCUGUGCACCGAGAUCGUGGAGUACACCAGCAAGGAGGAGGUGGCCGUGUGUAACCUGGCCUCCAUCGCCCUGAACAUGUACGUGACCCCCGAGCACACCUACGACUUCAGGAAGCUGGCUGAGGUCACCAAGGUCAUCGUCCGAAACCUCAACAAAAUCAUUGAUAUCAACUACUACCCUGUGCCAGAGGCCGAGCGCUCCAACCGCCGGCACCGCCCCAUCGGCAUCGGCGUGCAGGGCCUGGCUGACGCCUUCAUCCUCAUGAGGUUCCCCUUCGAGAGCGCCGAGGCACAGCGCCUCAACCAGCACAUCUUCGAGACCAUUUACUACGGGGCCCUGGAGGCCAGCUGUGAGCUGGCCAGGGAGCACGGCCCCUACGACACCUACGAGGGCUCUCCGGUCAGCAAGGGGAUCCUGCAGUAUGACAUGUGGAAUGUCACCCCCUCUGACCUUUGGGACUGGAAGGCUUUGAAGGAGAAGAUUGCCAAGUACGGUGUCAGGAACAGCCUCCUCAUUUCCCCCAUGCCAACAGCCUCCACUGCCCAGAUCCUGGGCAACAACGAGUCCAUCGAGCCCUACACCAGCAACAUCUACACACGCAGGGUGCUCUCGGGGGAGUUCCAGGUUGUGAAUCCCCACCUGCUGAAGGAUCUCACGGAGAGGGGCCUGUGGAACGAGGAGAUGAAGAACCAGAUCAUCGCCCACAACGGCUCCAUCCAGAACAUUCCUGAGAUUCCAGAUGACCUGAAGCAGCUCUACAAGACGGUGUGGGAGAUCUCCCAGAAAACCAUCCUGAAGAUGGCUGCAGACAGAGGGGCCUUCAUCGACCAGAGCCAGUCCCUGAACAUCCACAUCGCCGAGCCCAACUACGGGAAGCUCACCAGCAUGCACUUCUACGGCUGGAAGCAGGUGUGGGGGACAGCAACAGUGAACCUGGAGCUGUCCUCAAUGGAAGAGGCCAUCGAGGUGAUUCCAGGGGACAGCAUGAGUGACCAGGAGCUGUCCCCAGUUGGAAAGGAUAUUGAGGACAUUGCAGAGGACAGCAUGAGUGACCUGGGGCUGUCCCAAGUGUCAGAGGACAUCGAUGUCUUUCGAGGGGACAGCAUGAGUGGUCAGGAGCGGUCUCCAGCGGAAGAAAGCACUGAGGUAAUUUCAGGGGACAGCCCAACUGAUGAGGAGCUGUCCCCAGUGCCAGAGGACAUUGAGAGCAGUGCAGGGGACAGAGAGAGUGACAAGGAGCUGUCACAAACAGAGAGUGACAAAGAGCUGUCCCAAGGGCAGAGCAACGAGGGUGAGAAGGUUUCCCCAGAAGAGGUCAAAGAUUAUUCCCAGCUGUGCUCUGGGGAAGACUGUGGUGUCCAGGGCAUGUCCCAAUGGGAAGAAGCUGAGGAUGAAGAUCUCUCCCAUUGGGAAGAAGAUGAGGAUGAAGAGCUCUUUCACUGGGAAGAAGAUGAGGAUGAAGAGCUCUUUCACUGGGAAGAAGAUGAGGAUGGAGAGCUCUCCCAUUGGGAAGAAGAUGAGGAUGGAGAGCUCUCCCAUUGGGAAGAAGAUGAGGAUGAAGAGCUCUCCCAUUGGGAAGAAGAUGAGGAUGAAGAGCUCUCCCAUUGGGAAGAAGAUGAGGAUGAAGAGAUACCAAGGAUGGCCCUGCUUGGUGGAAUGGAGAGAGGUCUGGGCUCAUCACGUGAACUGCCAGGAAUGGAGGAAAUGUCGUGGCAUCAGAAGGUGCAGGAAUGGCUGGAUGCCUAUUUCCCCAAUGAUUAUGGAAUCGAGGAGGAGGAGGAGGAAUGCUGUCGACCCACAGAGGAAGAGUACGAGGAUGACGGAUACGAAGGACUGUCCUCCAAACUGUGGAAACGGUGGAAGGAGAAUGUGGAGGCCCGGUUGGAAGAGGUGUUGUGCUCCAUGUCAUUCCUCGGUUUCAUAGUCGGUGACCUUCUGCUUUCUAGAAGGAAGCGCUGCAGAGACCGAAAGAUGUCCCGAGGGGAAGAUGGCACCCGGGCCAAGGUGUGGAAUAACCACGUGGGCCUGGUGGAUGAUGAGGAUCCCCUGGAGGGACCCAGCUCCAGGCAUGUGGGUGCAGGGCCGGCAGCAGAGGCAGCCCGUGCCCUGCCCGAGCUGGCAGCUGCUAAGGAGAAGCCCCGGCAGCCUCUCGGUGCAGAGGAGCCAGAGGCACAGAGCCGGGUCUCCGAGAAACGUCCCUCCCGCUUCAGGCGGGCGCUGCGGGCGCUGCGGGCGCUGUUCCUCUGCUCCUGCCUGAGGCCACAGCCGGAGGAGUAA